AUGAGAAAAGAUAAAGGAACAGAAGGACAUGGGAAGGAGAAGAAAGCGGAAGAAGAGAUCAGGAAUGUGUUGGGCAAGUCCAUUCAGGUGUCCUGGGUAUUUCUAAUAGUUGUUUACACAGCAGUAAAUGGACACCGUAUGGUAAAUAGCCUGAGAUGCUUCCUCUCCAGGGUAGGUCUCUUCUCCAAACCAGUGCUGCUUCCCUGGUGUGCUAGGAAACUACCAGGUUGGUCAAGCCAUUUUUUGGGCACAGCAUAUGAGGGAAAUUCCCCCCGCCCCAUAGUGACCAAGAAGUAUAAGAGAGGACAGGAAAGGCAGAAGAAACUAAGCCAAGAUCUUGGACCUCUAGAUGGUUCUUGGCAAAAAAGGCUGACUGAUGUGAUGCCACUCUGGAGGGUGAGCUAUGAAGAGCAGCUCAAGUUUUCUUCUCACUACUAUGAAGGAUUCCUUUGACAGUACCCAGUGGCACUCUGCCUUCUGUUUCCUGAAGGUGAGUACUGGUGUAAGCUCACACUCCUCACCAAUAAGAGCCAAGGACACAUGAUGGCUAUCAUCAUUUUCCAUCCCCAGGAAUUAAGUCAGGAGGAGCUCUGUGUCCAGAAGGAAACUGUAAAGGAAUUUUUCACCACAGGGCCAGGAGCAGUCUAUGAUUUGACAUCACUUUUCUUCCAGGAAAGCAUCAUGAUCCCUUGCAGCCAUCAGCAAUCGCUGAAAGUCCUAUUUGGGGCACCUCACAUAUUUGAAGAUCUGCUGGACUUGAAGACCCACAUCUCUCCAGAUGCCUUUUUCCAGGUUAAUACUGCUGGUGUAGAGAUGCUGUAUUGGACUGUGGGGUAGCUGAGUGAAGUAAACUCUAACACAAUCCUCCUUGACAUCUGUUGUGGAACAGGUGUGAUUGGCCUCUCUCUGGCUCAGCAUAACUCCUAGGUCCUCGGGAUUGAGUUAGUGGAGCAGCUGGUAGUGGAUGCCAGGUGGACUGCAUCCUUCAAUGGCACACACAUUACCAACUGUGAAUUCUAUACUGGUUGAACAGAGAAGAUUUUGCCACAGUUACUAAAGUCAAAGGAAGAUGGGCAAUUAAUUGUUGUGGUGAAUCCAGCUGGGGCUGGACUGUAUUACCAAGUGGUUAGAGCCAUUUGAAAUUGCAGGGCCAUCCACACACUAAUAUUUGCUUCCCACAAGCUCCAUGGUAAAAUCACAAAAAACUUCAUUGAAUGA